AUGUGCGGCCCUUCCGGCGGCGAGGCCCGCCCGGCCCCGCCCCGCCCCGCCCCGCGGGGUGCCUCGCCGCCGUGGCUGCCCAUGGAGGCCGACGCGGAGGCCGAGGUGCGGUUCCUCUUGCAAGAGGCUCGGGAGAGCAUCGAGGCGGCGCGGAGCUACCGGCGGGAGCUGGAGCAGCGGCUGCGGGGGCUGCACCAGGCGCGGAAGCAGAUCAGAGAAAGUGCAGCAUUGACCAGAGAUGUACUUGAGCAACAUUUUAAUGAUUUGAAAGGGACCCUGAAGAAGCUGUUGGACGAGCGCCUGAUGUCACUGCUGCAGGAAGUGGAUGCUAUAGAACAAGAGAGCAUCAAACCCUUGGAUGAAUGCCAGAAGUUAAUAGAGCAUGGGGUUAGUACGGCUGAUGAUCUGCUCCGGGAAGGAGAGAGUGCGGUCCAUGGAGACGUGGGACAGCAGAAUGAGAAACUUUGCAUCUUUACAAAAAAAGCUUUACAUAUUCAGCUAGAUAGCUUACCAGAAGUGCCCUCCUUGGUUGACGUGCCUUGUUUAUCUGCCCAGUUGGAUGACUGCCUUCUUACUAUAUUGAAAAAUCAAAUAUUCAGACAUGGAACUGUGGCAUCUCGCCCGCCUGUACAGCUGGAGGAAUUUGUUGAGAAGCCUGGAGGUAUUUUAGUCCGAUGGUGUAAGGUGGAUGAGGACUUCAUACCGCAAGAUUACCGACUGCAGUAUCGGAAGGGUACUGCCACUCACUUUGAAGAUGUGUAUAUUGGCUCGGAGACAGAGUUUGUGGUGCUGCACAUUGACCCCAAUGUUGAUUACCAGUUCAGGGUCUGUGCCCGAAGAGAUGGGCGGCAGGAGUGGAGCCCGUGGAGUAUUCCUCAGAUCGGCUCUACCACGCUAGUGCCCCAUGAAUGGACAACUGGUUUGGAGGGAUACAGCCUGAGCAGUCGGAGAAACAUUGCACUGCGAAAUGAUGCCCAGUCAUGUGGUGUGCUCUACUCCAAAGCUCCUACUUAUUUCUGUGGGCAAACAUUAACAUUCAGAAUUGAAACCGUGGGACAGCCAGACAGACGAGACAGCCUGGGAGUGUGUGUGGAGCAGCAGAACGGCUGCGAUUCCCUGCAGCGGGAUAAAGCCGUGUGCAUUAGCACAAACGGGGCAGUGUUUGUAAAUGGGAAAGAGAUGACAAACCAGCUGCCUGCUGUUACUUCUGGAUCGACAGUGACGUUUGACAUGGAAGUGGUGCACUUGGGGACUUCCAGCAACGAGGGAGGAAACUUCAAGCUCCGAGUAACCAUUAGCUCCAACAACAGAGAAGUGGUCUUUGACUGGGUACUUGAUCAGUGCUGUGGCUCUUUGUACUUUGGAUGUUCGUUUUCAUACCCAGGCUGGAAAGUUUUGGUGUUCUAGCAGCGAGUAAAGGGAUUUUUGUUCUUGCUGUAAUGUGUAAUGUUAAAACCUGGGUUUCCAGUUGUUUGGCGUCAAGAAGCUGUUAACAAAACCCUGUCCUUGUACUACUUGAACUCCACUAUAUUGUACUUCCUACUGGAUUGAUUCAUUUAAACAAGUAAUUGUGAAACAUUGGAUUUUUUUACUCUGGAAAAAGUUAGAAACAGGCAUUUGCAUAGGCAGAUUAAUUUAAGCAGUCCACCAGCCCUUUCCCUUUUCUCCUCCAGACUUGAUUUUUGUCAGUAUUUCAUUGUACUCUAGUCUCAGGGUACGUGUGUUGUGUAGAAUUAACUCUGCUUAAUGCUGCUGUUCUGUGAAAUAAGCCUGUAACCAUUUAGGGGGUGAAGGGGUGGUAAUGGACCAAAGUUUUAUUUAUACCACUCAAAACAAGCACAGUAUUUAGAGCAGCGAUGUCCUGCUAUGCUUCCUUGUGCACAAUGCUGCCUUAAUUGUAUGAAGGGACAGUGGGUUCUGCAUGCAACAGCCCUUUCUUCCACACACGGUACUGUUCAUUCCUCCAGAGCAAGGACUUCUGAGCCAUAAUGUGUGUUUAAAUAUGUAGCCAGUCUGUUAAUGUCUCACUUAAGUGCCUUAUUCCCAGAUAUUUCUUGAACUGUUGUUCACUUGGAAUAUAUUUUUCUAGAGUA